AUGGAGGAAGGGAGUGAUGUGGAGAUGCGAGGAAUAGUUGAGAACAGAUCUUCAACAUCAACAACAGCGACACCUUCCACUUCUCUUCCUCUAUCUUCCACUUCCAGUGACAAACGCCACUGGAUUGUGCUCAUGGAGGCUCCUCCACAAGGGGUCAAUUCAAAACAAGAAGUUAUUGAAUACUAUGUUAAAACCCUUCAAAGUGUUUUGGGCAAUGAGAAGGAUGCUCAAAUGUGUAUAUACGAUGCUUCUUGGGAUACCCAUUUUGGCUUUUGCUGUGAUAUUGAGGAAGAAACUUCCCACAAGCUCGCAUGUUUACCGGGGGUUUUAUCGGUUAAGCCUGACCCGGAUUAUAGUUCUGCAAAAAAGGAUUAUAGUCCACCAAAUGUUCAAUCAGGUUUUAUGUCUUACCCUCAAAGUGGAAGUACUUUCUUAUUUCCUCUUUCCAACACCAAAAGGUGGCUCGUUCGAAUGGAUAAACCCAGCAUUGGGGUUGUUACAAAGGCACAAAUGGUUGAUUAUUAUGCUCAGAUACUAACAAAGGUCUUGGGGAAUGAGAAGGAUGCACAAAUGUGUAUUUAUCAUGUUUCCUGGCAAUCUAACUUUGGGUUCUGUUGUGAACUUGAUGAAGAGUGUGCACGGGAAGUAGCUGGUGUUCCUGGUGUUUUAUCUGUUGAGCCUGACAAGAAUUGGGAGUCGGAGAACAAAGAUUAUGGAGAUCUGUCGAUAUCUGGAGAGGCAAGUGAAACAACCCCGACAAAAACAAAGAAACUUUUUGUUACUGGCCUAUCAUUUUUUACAUCUGAGAAAACCCUCCGAGCAGCAUUUGAAGGCUUUGGUGAGCUUGUUGAAGUUAAAAUAAUAAUGGACAAAAUUUCUAAAAGGUCCAAAGGUUAUGCAUUCAUAGAAUACGCCACAGAGGAAGCUGCUAGUGCAGCACUCAGAGAGAUGAAUGGCAAGAUCAUUAAUGGCUGGAUGAUAGUUGUUGAUGUUGCCAAGACUAGCCCGCCAAGAUACAGCAGGGGUCAGAGCAGACCAGCAACCAGAUGA